AGAAAACUGAAAAUGGACCAAUCCCAGAACACAGGUUUCCAAGCCGGCCAGGCCACAGGCCAAGCUCAGGAAAAGAGCAGCCAGAUGAUGGAUAAGGCUAAUAAUGCUGCCCAAUCUGCCAAGGAGUCGUGCCAACAGGCUGGCCAGCAAAUGCAGGAUAAAGCUCAGGGUGCUGCUGAUGCUGCCAAGAAUGCCGUUGGAAUCAACAAAUAA